AUGUGUUCAAAAAUCAUAAGCAGGGAUAUGUAUGAAUUCCUGUGUGAUUUGGACAAACGAGUGACCGUAGGCCUAGUUGGUGGAUCAGAUUUGAACAAGAUAAGCGAGCAAAUGGGUGGGCUCACAGCUCUACACAGAUUCAAGCAUGUUUUUACUGAAAACGGUCUUGUUGCAUAUCGUUAUGGCCAACUCGUCAGCUCGAUGGAUAUUGCCUCACACCUAGGUGAGGAUGUGCUGCAACGACUAAUUAAUUUUAUCCUUCGCUACCUAUCGGAUGUCAAACUGCCGGUAAAACGAGGGACCUUUAUUGAGUUCCGGAAAGGGAUGCUUAACGUCAGUCCCAUCGGUCGCAGCUGUUCUCAAGCUGAACGCGAUGCCUUCUUUGCAUACGAUAAUGAGCACAAAGUGCGGGAGAAAAUGGUGCAGGCACUUCAAAAGGAAUUCGCUGACUGUGACAUUCAAUUUUCAAUCGGUGGGCAGAUAAGCGUCGACAUUUUCCCUACGGGAUGGGACAAGUGCUUCUGCUUGCGAUUCCUCGAUGAAUAUUACACAAUACACUUUUUUGGUGACAAGACCUUUAAGGGUGGGAAUGAUUUUGAAAUCUUCUCCCACCCACGAACCAUCGGCCACACUGUCGUGGACCCAGACGACACAAGAAAGCAGUGCCAGGACCUCUUUUUCCCCUGA